UAGUAAUGGGAUAUAUCGGAGCUGUACGAAGACGGAAAGUGGCUGAGAGGGAGAGAGAGAUAGAGAGCUUGGGCAAAGCUGGUUCGGUAGGACAGGAAAAGAGAUCGAAAUUUUGCGCAGAGACUUUUAGAGAGAGACAGAGAAGGGGCCAUAAUUGAUCUGUGAACGGCGAUUCCACAGUUUGAUGGCGGCCUCGAUCAGAUAUGUUGUAUUGAUAUGUAUAUACACCACGGCGUCUUGGAUUGGAUUUGUAUCUUCAUCAUCUGUAUCUACAUCCACCUGUCCUCUUCAAUCGAAUACGUUUCUUCACGAUCUGCAGCUUCAAUGCCCCCAUACGAUCUCUGCGUUUUCGCCUAUUGAGAUGGAUGGGGAAUCCCUUGACCGAACUUUGAGCUCUAGUACGAAUAUAUAUACGUCUGUUUUGUUCUAUGCCUCUUGGUGCCCUUUUUCAAGCGGUGUUCGAACAAAGUUUGCUGCCCUCAGUGCAAUGUUUCCCCAGAUCAAACAUGUAAUGGUUGAACAAUCAUCAGCCAUGCCCAGUGUUCUUUCUAGAUAUGGAAUCCAUAGUUUGCCUUCAAUACUGAUUGUUAAUGGGGAGACAAGGAUUCGGUAUCAUGGUUCAAAAGAUCUCUGCUCCAUUGUUCACUUCUAUAACAGAGCUACGGGACUUGACCCAGUGGUGGAUUUGACUGAAGAUCUAGUGAGCUAUUCACAAAGCAGCCACAAAUUAACUCAUCCUUGGAAAGGAAACUCUGUGAAGGAGAUAUUGAGGAGGGAACCUUAUCUUGUUUUCUCAGCGCUGUUCCUCUUCUUAAGGGUAUUCCUAUUUUUCUUCCCUGAGAUAAUAUCUCGAUUAAUUGCUUUGUGGGUUGCUUACGUUGCACAUCUACGCGUUGGAGUCUUCGGAGAGUCAAGCCAGCUUUUAGGGCGUGUUCUUCACUUGAUUGAUGUAAAGAGAGCUUGGAGCAAGCUGAAGCUGUGUAAAACCCGAAACUUCCAUAAUGGAGCUAGGAAUGCUCGGGUGUGGGCAUCAUCCUUGGCUUCCGUUUCCUUGGGUGAGACUUCAUCAGCCAGAUCUUGUGCCUCGGGAGACUCCUAGAACUCGUAUGUUUUCACUUCCACCUUGAACUGAGGCAAACAUCGACAAACUUUUGACUUGGACUGGGGGACGCAUACUUAAUAUGUCACGGAAGGUUUUCAGUUUUUGUUAGUUUAUACUUGGUGUUAAAACGCAUAUCAUUUCAUUUUGCCUUGGAUUUUCUAUAUAUCCAAAGACCCGAACGUGUUUGUUGCUUUGCGAGGGAUGCAAGAUAAAAGCAAAGUUGUAAAUUUGAGAAUAGUUAUCGGUUUCUGUAUGUAUAUUAUGCUAAGUCAUUGGCAGGACAUGUCUCCUUAAUACACUGACUGACAUCAAACACAUUUCACUCAACAUUGUAUUGCAGAAACCUUUGAGCC